ACAAAUCACCUGCGUCUCGCAUUCGCUCGAUCUCUCUGCUCGGACAACUCCGUUGGGUUCCUGUCGAAUUUCGUCGCAUGCUCCGGCUCCGAGCAUGUAAGCAACCGACAGGAAGUCGCCUUUGCGCAUCGUCGCAUCGUCCGUGCUCGGUUACAUGGGCGUGAAUGCCGCCUCCCUACUCAACCAGCUCCUCCACCAAGUCCGCCGCCCCAGGUCGCCGCCGCCGCCGCCGCCGCCGCCCGGACCCGGCGCCGCCAAGGCCCUGACGGAGACCAUCCUCGCCCACCUCGACGCGGGCCGCCUCCAGGAGGCCGUCAACGUCCUCUUCGCUUCCCACGAGCCCCUCCCCCACUCCCUGUACGCUCGCCUCUUCCAGCUCUGCUCCUCCGCCCGCGCCGCCGUCGAGGCCCGGAAGGUGGAGUUCCACCUGGGCGCCGCCUUCAAGCGGACGCCGCCGCCCUUCCUGCUGAACCGGGCCAUCGAGGCUUACGGGAAAUGCGGUUGCUUGACGGACGCCCGCGAGCUGUUCGACGAGAUGCACGAGAGAGAUGGCGGGUCUUGGAACGCGAUGAUCGCUGCGUAUGUGCGGAACGGGCGCGCGAAGAGGGCGCUGAGCUUGUUUUCCGACAUGAACGCGUCCGGGGUUUCCGCGAGUGAGGUCACUUUUGCCGGUGCGCUCGGCUCUUGCGGUGUCGUUCGGGAGCUUGGUCUGUGCAUGCAAAUCCACGGACUCAUGGUGAAGCGUGCCUUUUGUGGUAAUGUAAUUUUGGGGAGCUCGCUUGUCGACGUGUACGGGAAAUGUGGUGUUAUGGGUGAAUCGAGGAAGAUGUUCGAUGAGAUGGAAAGACCAAAUGCGGUGACUUGGAAUGUGAUCGUGAGGCGGUAUCUUGAGAUGGAGGAUGAGAGGGAAGCGAUUGUUAUGUUCUUCAAAAUGUUUCUGACUGAUACUAGACCGCUGAAGUUUACCUUUUCAAACGCUCUUAUCGCUUGUUCUAAGAUACGCGCUCUUGCGGAGGGAAUGCAAAUACAUGGGUUCACAAUUAAGGUAUGUCUGGAAGAUGAUGAAGUGGUUUCCAGUUCACUCAUUGAUAUGUAUGUUAAGUGCGUUGAAUUGGAAUCUGCACAAAAGAUUUUUGAUCGACCUUGUGCCAAGAACGUGGUCUCCUGGACUUCAAUGGUGUCUGGUUAUGCUUUGGUUGGGAGAACUGGAAAGGCUAGGGAGCUCUUCAAUGAGAUGCCGGAACGGAAUGUGAUAUCCUGGAAUGCAAUGUUGGCAGGGUACAUUCGCUCCAGGCUGUGGGAUGAGGCCUUGAAUUUCGUAUCUUUAAUGCGCAGUUCAACCAAGGACAUUGACCAUGUCACUCUUGCACUCAUCUCAAACUUGUGUGCUGGCCUUUCAGAUGUUUUCAUGGGGAAGCAAGUGCAUGGAUUUGUUUAUCGACGUGGUCUCUUUUCCCAUUUACUUGUCAGCAAUUCUCUUUUGGAUAUGUAUGGAAAAUGCGGGAACUUCAGAUAUGCUCGAGCUUGUUUUUACCUGAUGAGUCAGUGGCGGGACAAAGUUUCCUGGAAUUCUUUGCUGACAAGUUAUGCUCGUCAUCAAAGGAGUGAACACGCGAUGGAAAUGUUCUGUGAGAUGCAAUGGGAGGCAAUGCCCAGUGUCUUCACUUUUGGAACUCUUCUCGCUGCUUGUGCUAAUAUUAGUGCUCUUGCUCAUGGGAAGCAAAUUCAUGGAUUCAUGAUUAGGAGAGGAUAUAAGAUUGAUAUUGUCGUGAGAGGAGCUCUGAUUGACAUGUAUUCCAAAUGCCGCUGCAUCGAGUAUGCCCUAAAAGUUUUCAUGGAAGCAGCUCCACGAGAUGUGGUUCUUUGGAAUUCCAUAAUUCUGGGCUGCUGCCACAAUAGGUUGGGCAAAGACGCUCUAGAAUUGUUCGACUUGAUGAGCAAGGAAGGUAUUAAAUCAGACCACGGCACUUUUCAAGGGCUGUUGCGUGCCUGUAUCUGUGAGGAUCUUGUUGACUUGGGAGGACGGAUUUUCAAAUCCAUGACAAAUGUUUAUGGCGUUAUCCCUAGGCUGGAGCAUUAUGAGCAAAUGAUUGAACUCUACAGCCGUGCUGGACGGAUGCGCGAGCUUAAAAAGUUUGUUAAGACAAUGCCAUUUGAGCCAACAGUUUCGAUGCUUAAGAGAAUACACGGUGCUUGUCAAAAGCAUGGGUUCCCCAAAUUGGGAGAAUGGGCUUCCAGGCUGCUGGCAGAGUCGAAUAUUUCAGAUCCAUGUGAAAAAUGAAGUUGCAGGCAUGCCCAGAAUGGCGAAGUAGUUAACUACAUAUCCGUCGGUCUGAUUAGCAAACAGUUUCUGGGACUGGACUCGCGCUGUGAAGCUCCAUCAUAUUAAGGCCCACCUGGACAAUGUAGUCGGUUGUCACAAAAAAAAAAGAAGAAGAAGAAGAAGCAACUGGCAAAACUACGCCACGAUCAGUCAGAAUUCUUGGCGUGCAUAUUGCUCCAACAUGAUGUGCAAUGUGUUAUGGGCUUGCGAGACCGGAGUAGCCUUUCUUCUCCAGAAAUCUCCGACCUAAUUGUAUUUAGAUCAAUGAAUUGAUCUCUGAAGCUUCUAAGGGAAGGAGAAACCGACGCAAAGCGUCCUGUCGAACAACAGGAGCCACGGUCAUGGAGCCAACCGAAUGAUUGUGAAGCAACCGAAGGCAGGUGACCAUCAUAUCCGACCACGAGGAGUGCCUUCGAAGGGCCACCUCAUUUUCCAGUACUGCCAAAAACUCGUUGGGCGAGGCCUUUCAGCUCAAGCAAUGUCUCCAAGUUCCAAAAAUUUUCCCAACCCAAUUUUCUUUUGUACUGGUCACCUGCGGACGAAGCUGCCUACCCCGUCCGUCGGGCCAUCGAAGACAACACGAAUUCUUGUCGUGAAGGUUGAUUACAUAAAUUCAUCUUAUUUUCUGUAGAAAAUGGGGAAAAAAGAAAGGUUGGGACU